AUGGGCGGCGACCUGGCCGAGCCGCUGGUCGGCCGACGGUUCUCGCCGAGCAAGCGCCAAAGAGGCGUCGGCCACUUUGCCGUGCUAACGCUGGGCGCGACCGGCGUCGUGUUUGGCGACAUUGGCACCUCGCCGCUCUACGUCUUCCAGUCCAUCUACAACGAGCAGCUGCACGCGCAGCCGUCGGAAGCGGACAUUGUAGGGACGUUCGCAUGCAUAUUUUGGGCCAUGUCCUUCAUCGUCUGCGUCAAGUAUGUCGGCAUCGUCAUGCGGGUCAACCACCAUGGCGAGGGAGGCACGUUUGCCCUGCUGCAGACCAUACUCUCCGGCUCGCCGACGCCGCUGGGACCGCGCGCAAAGGCGACCGUUACCUUUGUCGCCAUGCUCGGCUGCUCGCUCCUCCUCGGCGACGGCGCAAUCACGCCCGCCAUGUCGGUGCUCGGCGCGCUCGAGGGCCUGCCGCUCGAGUCGUUGCCUCGGAUGCCCAUCAGCCCCGAGGCGGUGCGCACAUUGAUCGCCGCGCUCGUCAUCGUCGGGAUCUUCUCGGUGCAGAGGCACGGAUCCAGGGUGAUCGGCCUCGUCGCGGGCCCUGUCAUGGUGCUCUGGUUCCUCACGAUCGGCGGGCUCGGAGUGCGCAGCAUCACACUGCACCCCGCCGCCGCAGCCCGUGUUGCCGAGGGCUUCCAUCCAAGGGCGCUGUACACAUUCUUUGCCGUCGGCCGCUACAGGGGCGUGGAUGCCUGGCGUUCGCUGGGCGGCGUCGUGCUCUGCGUCACGGGCGCCGAGGCGCUCUACGCCGACAUGGCGCAUUUCGGCGCGGCGCCCAUCACCGCCACGUGGCUCGCGCUCGUCUACCCGAGCCUGGUUAUCCAGUACGCGGGGCAAGCGACGCACCUGAUCGCGCAUGCCUCCGAGUGGGCCGAGACGCACCCCUUCUACUCGGCCGUGCCAUCCACCCUCCAGUGGCCGGUGCUCGGGCUCGCCACGCUCGCCGCGUGCAUCGCCUCGCAGGCGCUCAUCUCGGGCGUCUUCACGCUCCUCGCACAGGCGCACGCCCUCGAGUUCAUCCCUCGGAUUCGGGUCCUGCACACAUCGGAGAAGGAAAAGGGCCAGGUCUACAUCCCCGAAGCCGGAAGACUACUCGGUUUGGUGUGCGUGACUCUCGUCCUCGCCUUCCGCUCCACCGACCGCCUCUCUGCCGCCUAUGGGAUUGCCGUCACUGGCGAUGCGCUGGUGACGACCUGCCUCCUGUCGGUGGUGGUGUGGCGCGUGUGGGGGUGGCGGCUCCUGCCCUGGGCCGUGCUCCUUGCGCCCCUCUGUUGCGUUGAUGUGCUCUUCUGGACGUCCAACCUCGUCAAGCUCGGAACCGGGGUGGGGGGCUGGAUGCCGGUGCUGCUCGCGGCGAGCGCUUGCCUCGCCAUGCACACGCACUACUGGGGCCGCCUACGGGAGAAGAAGGGACUCGCACGAGCG